AUGAGUGCUGCGAGCAACCCAGCCAGCUCUGCGGCUGAGCAAGGAGCAGCACGAGGGAAGAUCGAGAAUGAAGAGCCAGCAGAGAAAGUCAAAAAGCAGCAAGUGAUCCUUGUUGCCUACCUGAUUGCAACCCUAGACCUGAUCUUCCUGUUUAUGCAGCUGGGAGUCAUGCCAUACUUGGCAAAGAGCCUAGGUUUGGACUCGGUGGGGUUUGGCUACCUCCAGACAACCUUUGGUGUCCUUCAGCUCGUGGGAGGUCCCAUUUUUGGAAGAUUUGCUGACCAGUUUGGUGCCCGAACUGCCUUGAUGCUUUCCUGUGUGUCCGGAAGCGCCUUCUUCCUGUUGGCAUCCAUCUCCACCAGCAUCCCUCUCCUCUUCCUCUCCCGGCUGCCAGCAGUGUUCAUGCAUGGGUUACCAGGUACUCAGAAGGUUAUUACAGAUCUGACUAUUCCUUCUCAACGUGCUGAUGCGUUGGGGAAGUUGGGCCUUUGCUUCGGAGUAGGAAUUAUCGUUGGCUCUGCAGUGGGAGGUGUCCUCUCCACCAAAUUCGGCAUUUUUGUUCCUAUAUAUGUUGGGCUGGUAGGAAGCCUCGUAAACAUUGUGAUAGUAAUGGUCUGGAUCCCUUCACAAGCUGAACUGCAGUCAGAACACCCUGUGACGGCACGCAGCCCAUCGCAGUCUGGCAGCGUGUUUAGCCUCCGAGAAAUCCUACGCCUGAUGAAGUUUCCGGGAGUAAUGGAAGUCUUCAUAGUCAAGGUCUUUGCUGGACUUCCCAUAGGUUUGUUCCUGAUUAUGUUUUCCAUCAUCUCUAUGGAUUUCUUUGGCUUGGAAGCAGUGCAGUCUGGAUACCUGAUGUCAUAUUUUGGUGUCCUUCAAAUGGUUGUCCAGGGCCUCGUCAUUGGAAAACUAACAAGCCUCUGCACGGAGAGGACCCUGCUGCGGCUCAGCGUCCUCGUCUUCGCGGGAGUGGGCCUGGGCAUGGCCCUGAUGAGGAACGUGCUGCAUUACUGCAUCGUCGCGGUGCCGCUGGUGUUCGCCUUCAGCACGCUGACCACCAUCACGGACAGCAUCCUCACCAAGUCCGUCCCCGCUUCCGACACUGGCACCAUGCUGGGAAUCUGCGCUUCGGUUCAGCCCUUGACCCGGACGGUGGGGCCAGCCAUCGGCGGCGUUUUGUACAAGCAAUUCGGAGUCUCCUCCUUUGGGUAUUUGCAAUUAAUUGUCAACAUAGGCUUGUUUGUGUACCUUUUAAAGAGUAACAUCCCGCUGAAAGAGAGAAAAGGCCUGUAACUCAGCCACAAGAAAGUCACUCCCUUACUUUUUCCAUUGAAGUAAUAAUUUUUUUAAAAAAACGUCGUGUUCGAGAUUUCCUUUUG